AUGGGCAGAGGAGUUGCUGUUGGUUUAAAAAAGGGAUUCCCGGUUCACCGAUUGAGCAAACCAAGAGAAAUUAGCAGACCAAUUUCAAAGACCAAAAUGCUUGUUGAGGACGUGACUCGUGAAGCCGCCGGUUUUUCCCCAUACGAGAGACACAUGAUGGACCUCUUGAGAAGAGGACUCGAUAAGAAGGCACUCAAAUACGCAAAGAAGCAACUCGGAACUCACAAGAGAGGUCUUGCCAAAAGAGAAGAACUCUCAAGAGUCCUUGAAGCCAUGAGAGUUGCCCAUGCUCACCACACUGAAGCUGCUAAAUGA